UCGUCUUUAGUCCUUCCUUCCUCGCUCCGUUCCGGACCAUGGAGCUCCUACCUCGCCAUUCCUAUGCCUGACCGCCUCCUUCACCGUGUAUAAAUACUCCACCCUCGCGGCCACACCCCCUGCACUGCACUGCAACUACCAGCCAUAGCCAGAAGGCACUCAGCAACUCCCCUCCCUCGCGCUCUCUUGGGAGAAAGGUGUGGCAGCCGCGAUGGCCGCACCUUUUCUGCUCGUUCUUCUGCUCGUCGUUUCUGGAGGCGCUGCAGCGGGCGGCGACGGCGAGGCAGGGCUGACCCGGCUCGCGCUCCGAGGCAUCGACGACCCGGGCCGUAGGCACGGGCCCUUCGCGCUGGAGGAGCCGGAGUUCAUGCCCGAGAUCUCCACGCACGACGACGAGGCGGGCGAAGCUCCCCGGCUUGAGUUCCGAGGCAUCGACGACUCAGGCCGUGGGCACGCGUCCGACGCGCCGGACGAGCCGGUGUUCAUGGCCCACCUCGACGACGAGCCGGGCGAAGCGCCCCGGCUCAAGUUCCGGGGCAUCGACGGCUCGGGCAUAGACGAGGAGCCUGUGCUCAUGGACGACGACGAAGCGCCCGGGCUCGAGUUCCGAGGCAUCGACGACUCCGGCCAUGGGCGCGCAUCCGACGCGCCGGAGGAGCGGGCGUUCACGGACGUUAUCUCCACGGGCGGCGCCUGCGACCACUUCGCCCGCCUCGUCGCCGAGACGGGGAACGCGACCCAGCUCUUCUGGGAGCGCGCCGCGGGCGCCGGCGGCCUCACGGUGUUCUGCCCCGAAGACAAAGCCCUGGCCGAGUUCGAGCCGAAGUUCCGAAGCCUCGGCGCCGACGACCGGCUCGCCGUCCUGCUGUACCACGGCGCGGCGACCACCUACGGCAGGAAGUUGUUCCAGGCGUUCGACUGGGUGUCGGUGAGCUCGCUGGCCACCGACGCGGCCACCAACAAGAGCCACGCCAUCACCGUCCGCGACGACGGGGACACGGUGUGGCUGUGGCCGUCGUGCAGGAGUGGCGCUGGGGCCAGGGUGACCAAGACGGUGUCCGAAGAAGCUCCCCUCGCCGUCUACGUCGUCGACGCCGUGCUGCUGCCGAACUACCUGCGACAGAAGCUGGAUGGCGGCGACGGGCCGGCUGCUGCGUGCGAGCCGUCCGGUGGCUAUUUCGGCUGGCUGCACUGCUGCAUCCCGGUCUGGGAAGUGAUAGUCAUGGCCGUGGCGAGCAUCGCGGGCUUCCUGGCCGGGUUUCUUCUUCAUGAUGCAGUCGACAAGAUGAGCAACAAGGCCAAUUUAUCUGGUUAAGUUUAUCUGGUUACACUAGUAGUGAAUAAUGCUCUAGAAUUAUGGUUGUGGUGUUUAGCUCAGCAUAUAUAUUGCUGAAGCAUGUCGAUCGAUCGCCUGUCGUACGUGGCAUGGCACGUACUCUUCUGCCGGAGUUAAGUACGUGUGAGUUCCUGUGUUUGGUUCAUGUGCUACAGCUUAAUUUGCGUAGCAUGAUUUAGUGUGGCAUUUACGUCGUCUUUGACGUUUUCUCCCUAGAAA